UAAACAGUCCACACGACGCCGUCACUCUAAACCCGCCCCGCCAACAAUGCUCAGCCUCCUCCUCCGCAGCUCCGUCUCGAAGCUCCGGCUCCGACCCGCUAACAUAUCAUGCAAUUCGGACCCUCUCCCGACCCUUCGCAACUACUCCUCCACCGCCACCGGUCUCUAUGGCUUCCGCCACUUAAACUCCCCCAAAGGCUUCCAACGCUUCGUCGACGACGCCAUCGAAAGGUCCGGCGAGCUGGUUGAGUUCAUUUCCGGGAUGCCUUCGUCUGCUGAGAUAAUCAAAGCCAUGGAUGAGAUUUCUAACACAGUCUGCUGUGUGGUAGACUCUGCAGAACUUUGUAGACAUACUCAUCCAAACAGGGAAUUUGUUGAAGAGGCAAACAAAGCUUCAAUGAGGAUUAAUGAAUAUCUACAUUACCUGAAUACAAAUCAUACUUUGUUUGAUGCCGUGAGAAAAGCUGAACAAGAGGGCCAUUUGCUCACCAAGGAAGCUCAAAGGGCGGCACAUUACCUCCGCGUUGACUUUAAGAGGGGUGGAAUUCAUCUUCCUGCUGAGAAAUUAGAUAGUGUGAAUCAGCUGAAUAUAAAAAUUUCACAACUUUGCAAAGAGUUCAGUGAAAAUAUCAUCAUUGACCCAGGUACUGUGGAUAUAUUUCCAGCAUCACGUAUGCCACAAAGUUUGCACCAUCUUCUCAAGCCCAUCUACCGAUCCAGAUCUGCAAUUUCAAGGGAAUCAUUGGGGCACAGGGGUGCCAUGAAAGAAAAGGGUUUUCGUAUACCAACAGAUCCAAACACUUUAUCUUCUGUUCUCCAAUGGGCUUCAGAUGAUGAGGUCAGGAAAUUGGCAUAUAUGAAAGGAAAUUCUGUUCCUCAUGCAAACCUUGGUGUUCUUGAUAAUCUUAUAGCUACCCGCCAUGAGCUAGCUCAGAUAAUGGGGUAUAGAUCUUAUGCUGAAUUUACGGUGAAACCUAACAUGUCUUCAUCACCAAAAGUUGUGAUGUCUUUUUUGCAAGAGUUGAGCAAGAUGGUUAGGCCGAGUGCUGAUGAGGAGUUUAAUAAAAUUAAGGCCUUCAAGAGAGAAAAAUGUGGUCAGACAGAUGGAGACUUAGAACCUUGGGAUGAGGCAUACUACACAGCAAUGAUGAAGUCUUCUGCCUAUGACUUUGACUCUUCAGUUGUAGCAUCAUACUUUUCUCUACCACAAUGUAUCGACGGUUUAAAAGUGCUGGUGGAAUCUUUGUUUGGUGCAACGUUUCAUAACGUGCCCAUGGCACCAGGUGAAUCAUGGCAUCCAGAUGUGCUCAAAAUGUCUCUCCAUCAUCCUGAAGAGGGUGAUUUAGGGUAUCUCUACCUUGAUUUGUACUCAAGGAACGACAAGUAUCCGGGGUGUGCUCAUUUUGCAAUUAAAGGUGGCCGCAGUGUUUCAGAAACAGAAUAUCAACUUCCUGUUGUUGCCCUUGUUUGCAAUUUUUCUUCUUCACGUAAUUCAUCAACCGUGAGGCUAAAUCAUUGGGAAUUGGAAACUCUGUUUCAUGAGUUUGGGCAUGCUCUUCAUUCGUUGCUUUCAAGAACGGACUAUCAACACUUUUCAGGUACCAGAGUGGUUCUUGAUUUAGCAGAAACACCAUCCAACCUUUUUGAGUACUACGCUUGGGAUUAUCGAGUUUUGAAGACAUUUGCCAAACAUUAUUCAACCGGGGAAAUCAUCCCAGAGAAGUUAGUAGAUUCAAUGCAGGGUGCAAGAAAGAUGUUUGCUGCCACAGAUUUGCAACGUCAGGUUUUUUAUGCCGCUGUUGAUCAAACAUUGUUUGGGGAACAACCAACCCCACCGACAAGUUCUAUUGUUGAGGAUCUGAAAAGAGAGUUUACUAGUUGGAAGCACGUGGAGGGCACAAACUGGCAGGCCCGAUUCAAUCACCUUCUGAAUUACGGUGCAGGUUAUUAUAGUUACUUGUAUGCCAAAUGUUUUGCUGCUACGAUAUGGCAGAAGCUGUGUCAGGAAGAUCCACUCUCAUUAACCACAGGAACCGCUUUAAGAACCAAAUUCUUACAGCAUGGCGGUGCCAAAGAACCAGAUGAUUUGUUAAAUGGUCUUGUAGGAGAUGGGAUUCUAAGGGACUGUAAUGGAGGAUUAGUUCCUGAUAUUACCUGUCUUUGUAAUGAAAUGAAGUUUGAGAAGAGUUGAGAGAACGAUUGAAAUAUAUGUUAAACCGAAACAGGAGAUUAGAUC